AUGGCAAUCCCGCCACCGGACCUGCGUGUUCUCUGUCGCAGACUCGCAUCGACACCAGUUGACGACCUUCCUCACAUCUGUCCCCUCCUCGUGAGCCAUGUGCUUCGUUGCGGAGAGGUCCUGUCCGCUGUGCCAGAGACAAAGGCCAAGGACAAGUCUUCGGAAACUGCUACGCUUGUUCACAGAUUGAGAACUCACAUCACUACACUUCUUGCCGGCAAGAGUGCGUCCGGUCGUUUUGCUGCUGUCUUCCUGGUCAAGGCCGUCGUUGAUGUUGGGGGCUGGGAGAGCUUGAGGGCUUCAGACGUAUGGAUUAGGGGCUUGAUCGGCAUUUUGGGGAAACCUGAUCCUCUGGUGUCCAAGGAGCUAUGUGUCAUCACCCUGACCAAGAUCUACUCUCUCCUCCAGAGUUACCAGACACUGGUCAGAGAGAUGGCCACGCCCACUCUCCCAAGCUUCGUCACUGCCAUGUUAAACCUCGUCAAGCCGCCUGCCUCGAGCAAGGCACCCAAGGUUCCCACGUCUUUUGUCGAUACUGUUGCCGGCUCUCUCUCCAAGAUCGUGUCCUUGUAUCCUACCACCACGAGACCCUUCAACGCCCAGAUUCGAGCCGCCUUCAAGGCUUACAUCGCUCCUACCAUGUCUGACGCCGUCACCGUCCCCCAAAGCCUAAGAGAAAGCGCCCGCUCGCUGCUUAUUGUGCUUCACUAUACAGCGCCCAAGAACGGUAGCAGCGACGAGUGGGUUAAGGGCAUUAAAUCCUAUACCAAGGAGGCCCAUGCUACGGCCGAUCAAGUUUUCCGUUCCGUUCGGGAGUCCUGGGAAUCCACCGCCGGCUAUAGAGUGGACACAAUCCGUACUGAUGGUGAGCCAUCCGGGGGAGGUGACGAGGCCGAUGAACUCCCUGCCUGGACCGGCGUCACUGCCGGCGCCGAGAGACUUACCGGCCUCAUCGGUCAACUUAUCGAGUACCUCAAGGUUCCCACCAAAGCCCCUAUCACCAUUCCCGUCGGGGAGCUCCUCGACCUCGCGUCCCGCAUCACUCUCAUCACCCUUCCCAAGCCCACCACCGGCGAAGACAGCGUCGAGACGAACCCAGCCAUCAGCAGAGACGAAAAAGCCGAGCUCUGGAGCGUUCUCCCCGAAGUCCACAUGGCCAUCCUUAACCUGCACACCGUCCUCCUCCGUCGCCUGGCUGCCAACGCCAUGCCCUUGGCCACCGACAUCCUCGACCAGAUGGUCCGCGUCUUCACCUCUGGCCGGCACAUUGCCGCCAUCCGCGAGACCGUCUACGUCCUCACCAAAGAGCUUCUUGAGAUGUCCGGCCCGGGCCUCCUCAAACUCAGCGUCGACUCCAUGGCUCCCGUCAUCCAGGCCACGUGCCAGGACAUCCUCCGCGCCACGGGCCACUACGACUCCCCCGCCGGCGGCAAGCAGGCCAGUAGCAGCACCAACCCCAACCCCAACCCCAAGAAACCCACGGCCGGUAGAAACGGCGCCGGCAUCCUGAACCCCCAGAAAGUCCAGUCCUCGGGCAAUGCGGACGUCUACCUUACCACCACUUCCACCACCCAUUCUUCUUCUUUUUCGGAUCCCCUCUUCGCCGCCGCCCUUUCCCUCCUCCCCCUCUUCCUCUCCCGCCUCCCGCAGCGCCACCUCAGUCCCGAAGCGCGCGGCCUGGUCGACCGCACCGCCAUCCUAGCCAACAGCAAGCAAGCGAUGCUUGCCAGCGUGCUGAACCCGUACAAGGACACACGCGGUAGAUACUACCCUACCAUUUUGCCGUUCUUGGUCAGGCAGUUCCCUGCCGAUCAGGAGGUAGAGGUGUUGAGAACGAAUCUGAUGAGAGUUGGUGCUGGUGUGAGCCAGACCGUGGCUACAAGUUGGGAUCCGGCGGAGGGGUUGGAUGAGGUGGUUGGUGCUGCCGCGAAUACUGGUGGUAUGGAAGGGGAGGAUGAGGAUGAGGAUGAAGACAUGGUUGACGCUGAGGCGGAUGCGGAUAAUGAGGCGGGUGCCCAACUCGCUGCUGAGGAUCAAAACCAGAAGAGCAAGGCUGCUGCUGCCGCCGCCGCCGCCGCCGGAGUUUGGGGUGCUACCGCGGAAAAGAGUGCUGCUGAAGAUGUCGCCACCAGCAAACCGAACCCGUUCACCAUCGUCCCUAUCGACAGUCCCGAAUCGAGAGCUGAGCGCGCUUCGAUGAAAAAGCGUAAAAUUGGAGAGGAGGCCGCGAAUCCUCCUAAGAGAGUCACCAGAAGUUCGAGGAGAAAGACUGUUGAGGUUGAAGAGGAUACGUCUGCCACUACUAUCACCGCUGAGGUCGUCGAGGAGGUCGCUACGCCCGCUCCGGCCCCGGUGUCCGCGAAACCAGUUGUGGCUAUGAUGGAACAGAAAGAGGGUGAAGAUGAUGGUGAGGAUAGCGAUAGUGGGGAGAGCGUCCAGAUCGAUAUGUCGCUUGAGGAUAGUGAGGAGGAGGAGGAGGAGGAUGAGGAGUAG